AUGGCCCCUUUUUCAAGCCAUCCGUCUUUACACUGGUUGGAAUUCCAGUGCAGCACUGGGUCAGGACCCCAUUCUCCAUUUCUUUUGUUGAUCACAACUGGAAACGGCCUCCUCAUCACCGUCGUUCAUAGAGAGCGCAGUCUCCAUGAGCCCAUGCAUGUCUUUCUAGCCGUGUUGGCGACUGUGGAUCUGGGUCUCACUACAUGUAUUACCCCUAAAAUGCUGGCUGUCUUUUGGUGCAAAGAACAUUCUUUUGACUCCUGUCUAAUCCAGAUGUAUUUUACUCACACUUUCCAGGGCAUGGAAUCUGGCAUGCUACUGGCCAUGGCCUUUGACCGCUAUGUGGCAAUCUGUGAUCCUCUGAGACAUUCUUCUAUUCUCACUAAGAAAGUACUAAUUACCAUCAUUGAGUUAGUAACCAUGAGAGCGUCAGUCAUUAUCAUCAGGUGUCCUCUUCUAAUUAAGUUGCUGCUGACACAUUUCAGGACCGCGGUCAUCUCUCAUUCCUACUGUGAUGAGGAAUACUACCAUAUGACUGUGGUGAAGCUGGCUACAGAGGAUCUAAGGAUAAAUAAAGUUUAUGGACUUUUUGUGGCUUUUUCAGUCCUUGGGUUUGAUGUGAUCUUCAUAUUCUUGAGCUGUGUGUGUAUCUUCCAGGCUCUCUUUAAAUUGCCACAGAAAGAGGCCAGAUUAAAAGCAUUCAACACAGGCACAGCUCACAUUUUUGUCUUUCUCCAGUUCUACAUCCUCACGUUUUUUACAUCUUUCUUACACAGAUUUGGCUUUAAUGUUGCUCCUUACAUUCACAUUCUGUUCUCAAACCUCUAUCUGCUUGUACCACCCCUGCUUAACCCUAUUGUCUACAGAGAGAAGACCAAGAAGAUUAGAGAGUUAUCAAAAUGUUUGCUUCCAGAGACUAAAUUGGCAGAUUCUCCAGACUCAUAUACUCUUUAUAAUGUGUUUAGCAAGCUUGCCAUACAAUAUAAAACACUGUGA